AUGGCUUUUGAGACUGUGACGUCCAUCCCCAAGGAUGCCGACUACGACUUUGUCGUUGUCGGAGGAGGCACAGCUGGCUGUGUCAUUGCCUCGCGCCUCACAGAGUACCUGCCCAACAAGAAAGUCCUCUUGAUUGAGGCUGGCCCAAGCGACUUUAUGGAUGACCGUGUCUUGCUUCUCAAGGACUGGCUCAACCUUCUCGGAGGAGAACUCGACUACGACUACGGCACUACCGAACAGCCCAAUGGCAACUCUCACAUCCGACACUCACGUGCAAAGGUCUUAGGUGGCUGCUCCUCACACAAUACGCUCAUCUCCUUCAGGCCGUUUGAAUACGACUGCAGGAGGUGGGAGCAGCAAGGGUGCAGGGGAUGGAGCUUUAAGACGUUUAUGCGCGUGCUUGACAACCUCCGCAACACCGUUCAGCCCGUGCACGAGAAACACCGAAAUCAGCUCUGCCUUGACUGGGUCGAAUCAUGCUCAACCUCUUUGAACAUUCCUGUAGUUCACGAUUUCAAUCACGAGAUCAAGACCAAGGGUGCUCUCAAGCCUUCAGUCGGCUUCUUCUCGGUGGCAUACAAUCCUGAUGAUGGUCGCCGAAGCAGCGCCAGUGUAGCCUACAUCCAUCCAAUUCUCCGUGGCGAGGAGACUCGCAACAACUUGACCGUCCUUACCAACGCAUGGGUCAGCAAGAUCAACGUGUCAGGCAACAAGGUCACUGGUGUUAAUAUCACCCUCCAGAGCGGCGAGAAGCUCACCCUCAACCCCAAGUGCGAAACCAUUCUCUGUGCAGGUGCUGUCGAUACCCCCCGAUUGAUGCUUCUGUCCGGUCUUGGCCCCAAGCAACAACUCUCCGAUCUUGGCAUUCCCGUUGUCAAGGACUUGCCCGGUGUCGGUGAGAACUUGCUCGACCACCCAGAGAGCAUCAUCCUCUGGGAGCUCAACAAGCCUGUUCCUGCAAACCAGACUACCCAGGAUUCAGAUGCUGGUAUCUUUCUGCGACGAGAGGUCCCCAACGCGGCUGGUGAUGAUGGCGAGGUUGUUGACCUCAUGAUGCACUGCUACCAGAUUCCUUUCUGCCUAAACACUGCUCGUCUGGGUUACGACUCUCCUAUCGACGCCUUCUGCAUGACCCCCAACAUUCCCCGUCCCCGCUCUCGCGGCCGCCUCUACCUCACUUCUGCUGACCCUAACGUCAAGCCUGCUCUUGACUUCCGCUACUUCACUGACCCCGAAGGCUACGAUGCCGCCACCAUCGUCGCUGGUCUCAAGGCUGCGCGAGAAGUCGCCAAGCAAGCCCCAUUCGCCAACUGGAUUAAGCGCGAGGUCGCACCUGGCCCCCACAUCACUUCUGAUGAGGAUCUUUCCGAGUACGGCCGUCGCGUCGCCCACACCGUCUACCACCCUGCCGGUACCACCAAAAUGGGCGACAUCACCAAGGAUGAGAAGGCCGUUGUCGACCCUGAACUCAAGGUCCGCGGCCUCAAGGGCGUGCGCAUUGCCGACGCUGGUGUUUUCCCCGAGAUGCCCACUAUCAACCCCAUGUUGACUGUGCUUGGUAUCGGUGAGCGUGCUGCCGAGCUGAUCGCGCAAGAGUGGGGCUGGAAGGGUCUGGAGAAGCAGAAGUUGUAA